GUUGUUUCACGUUAUAACGCGAGUGUGUGUAUAUUUCUCCUCGCGCGCACCCGUGUUUCUUUCGUCGUCAGAUAAUACUCCGAUUAAAUAUCAAUCGGUUCUCCAAUACGAAUAUUGUUGAGAAAACAAUAAAACAACGACUCGUGUUCUCGUUGAUCGAGAAAAACGGUGCGGCGAGGGUUAAGAUCAUAUAUAAUAAAUAGAGAACGGGGGAAAACACGUUACUUUUUCCAGAUAAUAACUCGGCGAAGUUUUGCGUGUGUCGUCGUUGAGCGGCGAGCGUUCGCAUACGUACACACUCCCGUACUUGUGUGUAUUAACACAGGGAAGGGGUCAGAAGGAAGAAACGAACGAGAGUUUUGGGACGAGGUCGUAGUGUGCGUUUGUGUACGCGUGUGUACGUGUUUCUCUGUUCCACGGAGUUGGUACGCGUGUGUGACAAUACCCGAAGCAAUGUAUAAUCGUGUAGUGACGUCACACAGCUAAUCAAGUGCACACACGUAUACACCGAGUUCUUCUAUCGUGUUUCUUGGCCCAUCAAGAGAGGGCGGAAGGAAGAGAAGUAAAAAUGAAGAAACAUUGUUAAAAACGUCAAGGUUACCGUGUAAAAUAGUGAAUAUCCAAUUUUUUUUCUCCUCACCUCCCCAUUUCCGUAUAACGAAAAGCACGUUUUCAUUCCUGAAGCAAAAUAAAUCGAAUCUCGUGUUGUAUUUUGUGCGGGCAUAAAAUAAAUAGAAGGAUAAGCAUAGAGAGGCUGAAAUAUAAUAAUUAAGAUUUUGGAGGCUACGUAUAGCGAGCAAAGUUAUCACGAGAAGAGACUACUGGUUUCGAAUAACUGUGCAUGUGUGCGCGCAACAGUGUCGGUGAGAGCGAAGUUUAUACACGUUUACGAACGAAGGACAGUCUUUCUCGUGCUCUCUCUUUCUCACACUCGUUCGCUUGAUGAAACCUCUCGACUGCUGUACGCAUGUGCAGCGCGAGACACGCACGUUUUUAUCUCGAAAAAAAACACGUACACACUCACGCGCUUAUGCACGGGAGUAACUUGCAUAUCGUCGCCUGUGUCGGGACAAAAAAGUGUCGAAUUUCCUGAGAUUGCCAAUGAAUAAGUGUACUGGAAAAGUGAUUCAUUCUUCGUUGACUGAAAAUAGAAACGGUUUCUUCCGUAACCGAAAUUUUCGCACUCCGUAAGAGUUGCAUAAAAAAAAAAAAAAAAAAAAAAAAACAGUGAGACACACGUGCUUUGCAGCCACCAACGGUGUGUCCCAACGAGAGAAUAGUAUAUCGCGAAACUCUCCUCGUUGUGUCGAGGAAAAAAGUAGUGGGGGGAAAACACCGGAGAGAAUUGUAGUGCGUUCGAUCGCCGUGGCGCCCCGCGGUGUUUUUUCGACGGGAGGAAGACUGGGCCCGUGGCCAUAACCUACGCGAACCGGCAAAAAGGAGAGAAGGCAGAGGUUGCGAAAAAACGAACGGAUAGCGAAUCGUCGCUCUGUCUGUCUCUCUCUCGUGAAUAUCUCUGUGCUUAGUACUCGAUUCACUCUCGACGCGAUAACAUCGUCAAGUCUCUUUUCGCGUCUUUCGGAUAUUCUCUCGAGUGAAACAAUAUAUUCGUGACUGCUCAGUCGCGAACAAGAGGGGACGACAAAUUUUCGUUAUACACGAGCGUGCGUAGUGAAAUACGCAGAUAUUUGUGCGUAGUGAAAUAUCGAUAUACGUAUAUACAUGUGCGUGUCGUAUAUACACAAAAAUAAAUAUAAAAUCAAAUUGAUAAAUAAUUUGAUUGCGUGGGAUCGAGUGAUAAGAAAAAUUCAGCAAUAUUGUGAGAAAUAAAAAAGUGUUCUCGCGUUCUAGCCUCAAGUGGGUGGUUUUGUUCGUUUUUUUUUUUUUUUCAAAUUUUUUUCCCUUCCAACCAUGUUGUUUAGUGCAUCUGGUACGCGAAACGCGAGAGAACACGGGCCAGUGUGCCCGGUAAAUCUAAAUCUCGUUGACAAUCCCCUCGAUUAUUAGUAAAUUUACGAGGGGAAAAAAACACCGCGAAUUUCGAGAUCCUGCUUUCUCGAGAGAAAAAAGUCGUGCGUUUUUCUUGUUUUCUUUCUGUGCCGAUCAGAACGAGUGAGUGCGCGAACGAGAGGCAAUACCCAAACGCCCAACGAGAAACGACGUCACAUUGAUUGUGUGCGUCCUCCCCUCUCCCCGCUCCCUUACCGAAUACCCGCAACCUCAACUCCUCUCCCCUUUUACCCCACCCUGCCCCCCCCCCCCCCCCCCCCACCAAUCGCCGCUCUACGUCUCGACGUCAGAUGAUAGAGUAACCAUCUUCCACAACGCGAAACGUUUCUCCGCUGCGUUUUUUUUUCAUUUCCCAAACCGCGAAGAAACUCGAUAAUCGAGGCAGUUCCGGGCGGCGGACGAUCGUCCUGUGAGCGGGAGGAAAAAACCCGAAGUCCUGCGCACGGGCAAUUUUGUUUUUGGAUUAUAAAGUGACAAAGUGGUGAUUGUGCGACUGUUUCAGUGAAUUCGCAUUGUUUGUCGUUCAUUAUUAUUUUUUCUCACCUUUUUUUUUUAUUCUACCGAAAAAAUUAUCUCCCAUUCGACAGCGUCAAGCGAGACGAGUGAAGAACCGAUAUUCGCGUGUUUUCCUUUUUUCUUUUCCCCUCGCAUUUGCACGAAAGUGGUGCGCCCGACGUUCGCAACGUGCACAAGACAAAAAGACGAAAGGAGAAAUAAUCGGCGUGCUUUUUAUAUAGUUUUUUAAUAUAUUGCGGGGAUUUUGAAAAGUGCGUGCGAGAAUAAACAGCGCUACGACGGAUCACCAUCGGCAGUUUUGCGCCGCGCCCACCCCCAAUGAGAGGAGGCACAUGUCCAUUUCUGCCGCUGAAAAUGCAGGGCCUGGCCCGGGUGACCUACAAGACCCGUUGUGGGUCAAAAUGAGUGCAAUCACCGGCAACAACACCAAGAAGAGGAAAAAAUCGGAUGCAAAGCCGCAGUCGCAGAUUUCCAGUAAUAAGUGCCUUAACGAGAAACGACGACGGACCCUGGAGAACACGUUCAUCGAUGAGAUCGAGGAGCUGAUUACCGCCACGGACAUGAGCUCUGGCAAGACUGACAAAUGUCAGAUUCUCCAGAGAGCCGUCGAUAAAAUUCGGCACAUAUGCGAACAAGAGGGCUCCAAUAGUCAUGCUGUUCAACAGGGAGAAGUUUCCUCCUCAAAUCCGAACAUAUUGUCCAACGAUCAAGUUGGCCCGAUUGUGCUCGAGGCGUUAGAUGGCUUUCUGUUUGUCGUUAGCGCCGAGGGCCGCAUCGAAUACGUUACGGAUAAUAUAAAGCAGUAUAUAAAUUAUUCUAAGGACGAUGUUUUCGGAAAGGAUAUUUAUAAUAUUAUUCAUCAUGGGGAUCACCAAGCCUUCGUGGAGAGCCUGCCGAUGUUAUUAGGUUGGACCUGCGAUCCCCAGCCACAAACGAGAAAAGGGAGCUUCAAUUGUCGCUUUCUCGUCAAGCCCGAUGAUAAGGACGAGACUAUGGAACAGAAGCAACAGCGCGUAUCUCAGUACGAAACAAUGCAAAUAUGCUCUGCCCUGUUACCAAUAAAUACUAAUCGUCUUGAAAGCGGUGAUGUGUCAUCGGAAUCGUCGGACAUUGGUCCUUGCGUAAUGUGCGUUGCACGAAGGAUAUCCAGCAACGAAAAACCAGUUGGCGCUACCAUCGAACAGUUUUCCGUUAAAUCGGACAUCAGCGGGAAAAUAAUAGCGGUCGAUAAUAAUGGACUGUCUACUUCUUACUCAAAGUACCUAAACGAGGACCUGGUUGGAACAACAAUACAGGACUUGUGUCAUCCGCAUGAUCUCAGUAAAUUAACUGCUCAUUUGAAGGGCACGACACAGACCGGUGAGGGGACGAGUUCCAUGUAUCGGUUGCGCAUGUGCUCUGACAAGUUCCUUAACGUCCAAACAAAGUCAAGACUUUUCAAAGGAAAUGGCAUGAACGAAUCGGAUUUUGUGAUGUCCGCCUAUUCGAUUGUCGGGGACAAUGACUUAACGGCUAGCGAGGGUGGUCAGCUUUCCAACAACAAAAUGUGCUCGGGACACUCUAGUAACCGUUGUGCGAGCAAUAGUAAUAACAAUAAUGGUAACAAUAACAAUAACGUGGGUGGGCCGUUGAUGUCGAUCGGUCAUGUAAACGGUCAAGUGAGUGGUUUAAGUGGUGGCCGGAGUGGCGGCGUCGGGAUAACGUCCUCGUGCACAACGUCGUCGAGCGUGUCUGUCGUUGGCGGGGGUGGUUGCGUUGGAUCAUCCGGCGGCGGUAACGGGGCUGGUACGACAAACAGUACAAUUUCGUUUGGUAGCGUCGACAAUUCGAACAAUUCAAUUGGUUCGUUGAUUCCGAACAAUCAGUACAACCAGUUUACGAGUGGCAUGGAUCUGGGGUUUGAGCUUUUUCCAAGUUCCACGUGGGACUUGGCCGGUAGCAGCAACGCCUGGCCUACCAAUGAUAAUAGGCCAGAAUCGAGAGAUAGCGGUUGCGGUGGUCAAACGAUAUCCCGACCACCUUCCCAACCAAACGUACAAACUCCGAGCCCGCAGGGAACGUACUCUUCUUCGAAUACGGCCAUCAUACCGUCUCAUCGAAGCCCCAUGCGUCCAUACAGCCCAUCUAUCAACGUCAACGUUGCCACUCACAACUUCAGUAAUUCGUUCCCAUUCAGUCCUCUUCAGGAAUCGCAAAGCGGAAUGUCCAACACGAGCGUUCCCAUCGUCAACGCAAACGGUGCGAAUCCCGCUGGCGCCGCCGUUCUUCCUGGAUCCAGUGGACCGUCCUCGGUUCCCGGGCCUCCGAAUCCCACCGGGAAUGGACUACCCGGAACAUCGACCUCCGCCAGCAAUUCCAUCAUCCCUGGCAACAACAUCGUUGGACCGUCGACCAGCAAAAGGCACGAGGACAACAAAAAUUCCAACAACUCAUCCACCCCCAUGAACAUUCAUGGUAACGUCAGCCACGACGUCAAUAAUCCAACGAGCCAUUCGUCCCAAGCCUGCCAUGAAACUCAAAACAGUGUUGUGCCCACGGAAUCUGGUAGACUGAGAAACUUGCUCACCAAAAGAACAAGUGUCAGUGACGAUAAUCAGGACACCUCCAACAACGAUAAUGAUAAUCAAAACGAACACAGGAUACUAAAAAUUUUGUUGAAUCAACCGGACGAGGAUGAUUAUCAUUCGGAACAUAGCAACAAGCUUCGGACCAGCCCGAGCAAUCUCAACAAAAGUAACGUCGAGCAUCCGAAACCUUCCCUCGGCAACAAUAUGCUUUUACAGUUAUUGAAUGAGAAAAAUGACGAGGACGAAGACGCUCGAGCCGGUUUGAAGAAGCAGCACGAACUUCUUCAACAAUUACUCAAGGAUCCUGACGAGGAGAGAAAAAUGCAGGAACAACGAGAGAGUCGAGACGACGAUCCUCUACUUCGGAGCCUUGGAUUCCGCGCUGCUACGCCAUCCCCCUCCCAAUCCGGCGAUCAUCCGCAUCCAGCUACUUCGCAAGUCGGUCAAAAAAGGCCCGGUGAAGAUGGCAAUAUGAAUAUGGCCGUUAAACGACCCAUGGAUGGAUCGCAUCAAGUAUCCUCUUCCGGAACCGGAGCCUCUAGUACCGUUACUAGCAAAUUGUGGGAGAAAAAUAAAAUGUUGGCAUCGCUGCUGGCCAAACAGCCAUCCCAGCCAGCGACUAUUCCGCCAAUACCCGCGUCUGUGAUAUCGGCAACUCCACAGGAUAAGCUGCCUCGCGUUGUCGACCGAUUGAAGCAGCAACAGCCAUGGUCGGGUGGUAGUAUGCAACCGAUUGUCAGCAACGCGACAACGACAACCGCGACCUCGGCGCGUACGCCUUUACAAAACCAAACGAGACAACUACCUCGUCAAGCAACCUACCUCAAUCACAUGCUAAGUCAACAACAAAGGCCCCAAAUGGGACAAAUGGAUACAGAAUUUAGCGGUAGCGGCGAUUACCGUCCUGCCGGAAUGGACCCAAACUCGUGGGACAAUCAGUCGUCAGAUCCAGAUCUGUCGGACAUUUUGGAUCAGGUUAUAGAAUUUGUUCCGGACGAAGCUAUCGCGGGUCUAGCGUCUCGUUUGACAGAAUCGUCCGCAAUAGCGAAUCUAUUGGAUGCUAUUGAAUCGCCACCCAUGAACGAAAAAAUGGCUAUUAAUGCCAUACAAAAGUCAUUGAUGUUAUGCGAGACUGCAGUGAAUCCAACGUCUUCCACGAUCACGAUGCCUGGUACACCUCCGGCUUAUUCGACAGCGCUGGGUAAUACGUCAGUCACAACGAGUCACAACUACCAACCACCACCAAUGUAUCAACAACAAUCGAGGGUCAGAUUCAACGCCCAGCCAGGAAUACGACAAAAUGCUGCACAGUUCACUCAGCAUCAGCAACAACGAGCCAAACUUUUGCAACAACAGCAACAACAACAACAGCAGCAAUUAAAACAGAGGCUUUUGCAGCAACAGCAGCAACAACAAUUACUCAUACCAUCCAAUGCAACAGCCCCAGACCAAAUAGCAUCGGGUAUCCAUAAUAUCGAUAGCUUACUUAAUAACACCGUGGCACCAAAUGUUUCGCUUCAGCGCUCCAAUGUACCAGAUUCUCAAGUCUCGCCGGGCUACGGGGGAUCCGUCCAGAUGCCUUCGGGCCACCGCCUUUCACACUCAUAUUCCCAUCCGGCAACGUUACCGCAACACCCGGUCGUUAAUAACAAUUUCAACAGCGGUCAACAAGUCUCGGCAGCUGCAGCGCGGCUGUCCCCACAUUCUCCCGCUGCUAUGAUGUCGUUUUCUCAUCCUCAACCGCUAUCACCUCGAGUUUCACAAGGCAAUUACGGAAAUAGUCCGCGGAUGUUCAACGUGAAUCAAACGAGGCAGCAGCAGCCGGCGCAACAGCAGCUUCAACAGCAGCAAAGAUCGAUGCCGUCGCCAGGUACACCGGCAUCGGCACGCCAAUCCCCAUUUCCGGCUGAAUCUUUCCCCCCACCGGCAUCGCCAACGGCUAGCCAAUUCCCGCCUGUUCCUAAUCCAAAUGCCGCCAAUCCCACAGCUCAGUAUCGUCUUCAGCGAGCCUCUUCGACACCUACCGCAACGACCCAGUUACCAGGUGGUAUUGGAUCACCGAGACAUUACGGAGGUGGUGUUAACAAGGAUCAACCACUAUUAUCACCUAGUCAUCAACACGGCGGUUGUCAACCAACGGCAAAUCACAAUCAACAGAAUCCAGCGAACAGCCAACAUUACACAAACCAACAACACACCUCAAUGCUUUAUCACACGAGUGCAAACAGUAUCAACAAUCAUGAUGUACAGAACAAUCAGUUUUGUUACGAUCGUACAUCGAUAUCGAUGUACGGUACGGGACCGGGAGAUCCUCAGGACGCGAGAUCAAUGCCUCCUAGUAAUACCACCGGUCACCAAAUGGGUGGUAAUACGAGCAGCACGGGCAGCAUGACUUCCGAAUUCGUUAGGCAAGAAUUGAGGGCUGUUGUUGGAGCGCGAACGCAACAGAGGGUGCCGAAUAAUUUGCAAAAUAAUCUCACCGGUCAAGUUACUCAGGACGAUCUUGAAGCUCUUGGUUUGCCGUUUGAGAUGUCUUCGGCAGGUGAGGCUGUGGUUAGCGAUGGCCCUGCCAAGAGUUGGGCCAUUGGGAGUGCCGGAAGUGCCCCCUCCUCCUCCAGGACUACUAUGGAGGAGGCGGUACGAGGUGAUCCAAAGUCAUCCCUUCUGCAGAAGUUACUGUCCGAGUGACUGCGGGUUGCUGGCCACUUUCACCCUGAAGAUUCGUUACAUGUAACAUAUUAUAUUUGAAUAAGAGAAAAAAAAAAUAUUGAGAAUGAAAAUGAAGAGAAAAAGGAGAUGAGAGAAACGGUAAAAAAACACGUAAAAAAACACGAAGUACACCUACAUAAAUACACGCUCUAUAAAUACGUAAUCGAUACUAUUGUAUUAUGUAUGUAAUACUACACGUACGAAGUAGUAUGCAGAUACGUUUCGCCAAAUACAUUUGUCAGCUGGUACGCGGUAAAUUUUCACGAUUAUUAGAUUUUCUUUCGUGUCUUAUUCUUGUUCGUUCAAUUCUUUUAUCGUUGUUCAUGAAGAAGGACUAUUUAGACGAUAAGAAUGAAAAUAUUUCGUUUGGAUUAUCGAAAAGCUUUUGGUAUUUCGUUGAUGACAUGAAAUGUGAACCAACCGAAUAUUCGAAUAGAAUUCGUUGUCAUAAGGGCGAAAAUAUAGAAGAUGAAACAUUACAAAUCUCCAUAAAUAACAAACAUUCGAAGAGAUUAAUGUUUUAGUCAAAAAGUAAGUGAAUGAGAUGAAUAGAGCUGGAGAUCGACAAAGAAAGCGAGAGAGAGAGAGAGAGAGUAAGAGAGAGAUACAUAUAUAAACAUAAAUAUAUAAAAAUAACAAAGACGGAAGAAAACCUCCGCGUACUCGGUAGGCACAGUACUUGGUAUCACUGAAAGAAACUACGUAGGUACCUCAAAGGUAUACUUUAUUAUACCACUUGGCUGUUGAACAUAGAACUAUUUAUAGGUUUAAUUAUUGUACACAAAAGAUAAACGAAUGAAAAGAAACAAAAAAGUAAUACGAAUGGAAACGAGAAGAAAAAAAAAAUCAUAGAGCACUAUCACGUUUUUCUCUUAAUUUAACAAUCUUUUUGACUAUUAUAUUAUGGAUAAUAUAUUUGUGAUUGUAAGAAUCUGCAACCAAAAUGUGACAAAGAAAACUUGUUGUUGUUAAUAUGAUUAUAAUAAUUAUUAUAAUAUAAUAACUAUUAUUUUAUUAUUAUUAUUGACAUUAUUAUUAUUAUUAUCACUAUUUUUAUUAAUAUUAUUAUUCAUUAUAAUUAUGGUUAUUAUCGCUAUUAUUAAUAUUAUGACUUUCAUUAUAAUUAUUAUUACAAAUAUUCUUGUUACGAUACAAUAUUACCAUAUUAAUACGGUUUAUUAUUAUUAUUAUUAUUAUUAUUAUUACUAUCAUUAUUAAUUAUUAUUACUAUUAUUACGAUUAUUAUUGUAUUAAUGGUAUUAGUAUCAUCAUCAUUAUUAUUAUUAUUACAAUUAUUAUUAUUAUAUUAAUAAUGAAUUAUUGAUAUCUCGAUAUUAAUAUUAUUGAAACACUCGGCGUAUACAUAUUUCUAUUCUAUUAUAAGGGUACCUAUAUAUAUGUAUAUAUAUAUAGGAAAAAAAAACGUUCAUAUAUAUUAUACAGGCGUAUAUAUGUACUAAAGAAAGAAAAAAAAUGACCUUCUAUUUUGCAUAGCUCAGUAAAUCUCUUUUUGGGUCUUAGAUGCACACUAAAAGAAUGAAAAGAAAGAAAGAAAAUCACUUCUAAACCACAUCUGUUAUAUAAAUACCAAACAUUUAAUAAUAUAUAUGUAUAUGUAUACAUACGUAUGUGUAUAUAUGCAUUCAUAUGCAAGAAAUCUCACGCAAGUGUCUUAUUUUUCCAUGGAGUUUAUCGGCAAUUAUUAAGGCUACAAAGAGAUUAAAAGAACGAGACGUUAGAAGAAGAGAAAAUAAAGAAAGAAAGCAAAGGGGGCUAAAUAGAGAAACCGAGAGAAAAAGAGAAAGGAGAGAGAGAGUGAGAUAACGGAACAGAAAUUUGGGACCGAUCGAUUCGAGUUCAAUGCUACACAGGAAACACUGCGCGUUCCCUCUAUUUGCUGCUAAUCAUAUAUUUUUUUGCAGAGCGGUGAAUAUGUAAUAAAAUAAUAAUGAAAAAAAAAGUAAAUGAGGAAAAUUCGUAAGCGAAAAUGUAUACCGAGCCACGGAAAGACGUGAUAAUUUAUUAUCUAAUCGUGAUUAUUUAUAUUAUCGAUUGGUAUAUUUCGGCGAGUUAUAUAUUUGAAUCGAUAUUUUCUUCGCUGUUCAGUGUUUUCUGCUUGCAUUCAACUAAAACGAGAGAUUGAAUCGUUAUUGUAUUAUUGAAGUUCAAUUGUUUGAGUGCAUUCUUCGGCCUUUGCCACCUCUCGGCUACUUUUUAUUUCUCACUCGAUAAAUUAUUUAAGAAUUAAAACAGAGAUUAAAUGAAAAAAAGAUUGUGGUAAAGGAGAAGAAGCAUUGAAGGAAAUGGUAUACUCUCUGGGAAACACGUUCGUGAGCCGCUCUGAAAUAGGUACAUGAACAUACAUACAUGUGUUUAUCGCAAAAUAGACGCGUUAUCUACGUUUGCAAGACCAUUACUUAGUUGGAAAGAACAAAGAAACAAACAAACAAACAAACAAACAAGUAAUGAGAAAACAAAACAAUAUUAAAAUCCCACACGCGUGUGUAUGUCCGUGUGUGCGUGUGUGUGUGUAUAUAGUGAGUUAUGUCAUAUAGAUAGAUCAUAUGUGCUUUCUAAUGAUGAAUAAUUUUAUAAAUAUAAACAUAAUACCGA